AUACUAAGGAAUCAUGUCAUGGUUCGAGUUGGUGGUGGUUGGGAUACUUUAAGUCAUUUUCUGUCAAAAUAUGAUGAAUGUCGUAAAACUAAUCCAGUAAAAUCAUGUCAAUUGAAUUCAACCGAUCAACAAGAAACCACGAAUCCGAUUGAUCAUUUAAAUAAAAAUCAUUGCAUUCAAACAAAUACACCAGCACAAAUAGUACACCAUGAACAAACACAUGAAAACAUUUUACAAUGUAAAUUAAAUUUUAUCAACAAUAACAAUAAGGAACGUACAUUAUCCAAUGAAAAACUCACACAAAAUAGUCGAGUAAAACAAAUGAUUCAUAAUAAUAAUAAUAAUGGAUUAAAACAACAAUUCAAUAAUCAAUUUUCACAAAAUGGAAUCAAUGAAAAUUAUACUGACUGCGUAAAACAUUGUACAUUGAAUAAGGAUUCAAAGAAUUUCAACGAACCGAAAUGUCAUACUAAAUCACAA